AUGUCGUCUGGCGGUGGUGAUUCGUCUGAGCCUGUUCAGCUGAGCAGCGGCUCUUGCAAAGUUGAAAAGCGUGUCAAGAAACGAAGGAAGGUCAUCAAACAAUGCUUGUUCUGCAGGCAGAGAAAGCUAAAAUGUGACAAGAAGAAACCAAUCUGUGGCACCUGUGCUUCUAGGGGACUGAAGGAUUGUGUCUAUGUUGAGGAUUUUGGACCUGAAGUGACGACUAAGGAGCUGCUGAAGACGACUCCCAAUCUAGAGCUUAUGAACCGUAUUAGAGAGUUGGAAGAGGAAUUGAAGACCUACAAAGCGGAUUUCCAGCUGAGUCAGUGUCGCGGUGUCAACCCCUUGCCUCAACACGCAUUGAUUCUUUCUAAAGAAGAUCGCAAGAUGUAUUUUGGAUGCACUUCUCUGCGAGUUUUGAUUAUAAAGAGUAAACUAAGGUUUGAGACUUACUACAAGAUGGUAUGGGGUAAGGUGAAGGACGAACGACGUCGCUGGAAAGCGAUUAAUGGCUAUUCUACGCUGAAGGAAGUGACGUCAAUUGAAGACAAGCCUCAAAGUGGCAAUUCGGUGCUCGAGGCGUUGUGCGCAGCUUUGCCAUUCUACGAACAAAUAGAGGAAGCACUGCACGAAUUCUUGCGCGGUCCUAUUCAACAGGGGUACGGAGUUGUUGACCCACUGAUGGUACUCAAAAAUUUUGAGCAAGGCUUUAUUAAGGGUCCUAGGGACCCCAUCUCUGGGAUGCACCCUGUAGCACACUUGGUACCCACCGUCAAGAAAAACUACUUCAGAAUUGGAAUCAUCACCGAAAUUUUGAGCAUAAUUAACCGCAACCAACCCAUCUCGCAGGCAGUUGAUAACUUCAACAAAUUCCUUCUUUCUUGCAUGACGGCUAAGGUAUGUUUCAUUGAAAGAGCACAGUAUCUAUUUCUCAAAAGAGUAUACAUGAUGAUGAAAGGCUACAUCCGUGGAGAUCAUAGCGGUACUUCCUCAAUAACUCGACUUCUGAGCUUAUCCGCCAUACAGGUUGGACUUCAGGGAAAUGUCAAAAAGGACUUUUCGAUCCACACAGCGUCGCAUGGUGAAGUCAAAUAUUUGGAAAACUUGUGGCUAUGGACCGUAUACGCAGACUUCGAAACCUCGAUAGCAAUUGGAAUACCAGCUUACAUUCCCGAUCUAUACUUGGACUACGCUUUGAUUGAGAACGAAAACUAUGGAAGCUACUCCUUUCUGCGAAGCUUAAUAAGACCAUUGCGAUCGAUACUGAGCGCCAUACAUGAAAGAGAAAUGAUUCCAGAUAUCAUGGCAAUCAUAAAUAAGAUGAAGGCUCUCAUAACAGCUAACUUCAGACACGCGCCAUUCUACAUUAAAAAAGAAAACCUAAGAACCGUUAAUUUUGCUGAGCUUGAUGUAUACAUUGGGCUCAUAUCGUCCCUCAAUGUUUUCGCAAAUUUACAGAGGACAUAUUUUAAGAAUUACGAGCCACUUUUCGUCAACAGCACGCUGCAAUUUUCUUACCAGACGUUGCAAAUAUCCAUACUUGCCAUGGAGGCUUAUUUUGAGCUGGAUAAAGAAGCUGCUAGUCAAGGAAAAACACUAAUGGUUAAAGGAAUUCCGCUUUACCUAAAUCUCUCGCUAUUUGUAAUGCACAAACAUGCAAGUCGGUGUAUUGUAGAAACCUACGCUAUGCUCUCAUCCCUUCACAGAAUUCCGGAGAUGAGUGAGCUUAGAACGAAGUACGGACUUUCAAAAGAGUUCGAUUUGCCGAUGGACAGUUUGGAAGUUGUUUCUGAUCAUUACAUUCCUUCGAAAGUAGCUCACGAUUACUUGGUGGGCAUUUUUGACAGCUGGGACUCACCGGAAAAUUUUGACAUGGUAAACUGUCUGAAGAGCAAUUCAUAUAGCUUUGUUAUUUUGCGUGCCAUUGAACGCACUAGUCGUGACCUAUUUCAACAUUACUCAAAUCAAUCAACGCAAGGUUGUCUUGGCGCAAAACUAAGUGCCUCCGGACCUGGAAAAACUACUGAAGCGCAGAAUACGCCAUCGGAUAAUUUAAAGGUAAACACUGAGCUUACUGACGAAAUUUUGAAUGCCAUGGCCGACGAGUUUUGGGACACUUUCGAUCUGGACUUCAGUAGCUGGCUGAAUACUGACAUGACAGAUCUUGACGCGGUAUAA